AUGGCAGAUGCCGAGAUGUCCUCCUUUGGGGCCGCUGCCCCCUUCCUGCGGAAGUCAGAGAAGGAGCGUCUUGAAGCCCAGACCAGGCCUUUUGACCUCAAAAAGGACGUCUUUGUGCCUGAUGACAAAGAGGAGUUUGUCAAGGCCAAGAUUGUGUCUCGGGAAGGUGGCAGAGUCACUGCCGAGACUGAGAAUGGCAAGACGGUGACCGUGAAGGAGGACCAGGUGCUGCAGCAGAACCCGCCCAAGUUCGACAAGAUCGAGGACAUGGCCAUGCUCACCUUCCUGCACGAGCCCGCGGUGCUCUUCAACCUCAAGGAGCGUUACGCUUCCUGGAUGAUCUAUACCUACUCGGGGCUGUUCUGCGUCACCGUGAACCCCUACAAGUGGCUGCCUGUGUACAAUGCGGAGGUGGUGGCAGCCUACAGGGGCAAGAAGAGGAGCGAGGCCCCGCCGCACAUCUUCUCCAUCUCCGACAACGCCUAUCAGUACAUGCUGACAGACAGAGAAAACCAGUCCAUCCUGAUCACUGGAGAAUCUGGGGCAGGGAAGACAGUCAACACCAAGAGGGUCAUCCAGUACUUUGCAGUCAUUGCUGCCAUUGGGGACCGCAGCAAGAAGGACCAGAACACGGGCAAGGGCACACUGGAGGACCAGAUCAUCCAGGCCAACCCCGCCCUGGAGGCCUUCGGCAAUGCCAAGACCUUGCGGAACGACAACUCCUCCCGCUUUGGAAAAUUCAUUCGAAUCCAUUUUGGGGCGACAGGAAAGUUGGCGUCUGCAGAUAUAGAGACCUAUCUUCUGGAAAAAUCCAGAGUUAUUUUCCAGUUGAAAGCAGAGAGAGAUUAUCACAUUUUCUACCAAAUCCUGUCGAACAAAAAGCCUGAGCUGCUGGACAUGCUGCUCAUCACCAACAACCCCUAUGAUUACGCAUUCAUCUCCCAAGGAGAGACUACUGUGGCCUCAAUUGAUGACUCUGAGGAACUCAUGGCCACUGAUAAUGCCUUUGAUGUACUGGGCUUCACUCCAGAAGAGAAGAGCUCCAUUUACAAGCUCACAGGCGCCAUCAUGCACUUUGGAAACAUGAAGUUCAAACAGAAGCAGCGAGAGGAGCAGGCUGAGCCAGAUGGCACCGAGGAGGCUGACAAGUCGGCCUACCUCAUGGGCCUGAACUCAGCCGACCUGCUCAAGGGCCUGUGCCACCCUCGGGUGAAGGUGGGCAACGAGUACGUCACCAAGGGGCAGAAUGUCCAGCAGGUGUCAUAUGCCAUCGGGGCACUGGCUAAGUCAGUGUACGAGAAGAUGUUCAACUGGAUGGUGACACGGAUCAACGCUACCUUGGAAACCAAGCAGCCACGCCAGUACUUCAUAGGAGUCCUGGACAUCGCCGGCUUCGAGAUCUUCGAUUUCAACAGCUUCGAGCAGCUGUGCAUCAACUUCACCAACGAGAAGCUGCAGCAGUUCUUCAACCACCACAUGUUCGUGCUGGAGCAGGAGGAGUACAAGAAGGAGGGCAUCGAGUGGGAGUUCAUCGACUUUGGCAUGGACCUGCAGGCCUGCAUCGACCUCAUCGAGAAGCCCAUGGGCAUCAUGUCCAUCCUGGAGGAGGAGUGCAUGUUCCCCAAGGCGUCCGACAUGACCUUCAAGGCCAAGCUGUACGACAACCACCUGGGCAAGUCCAACAACUUCCAGAAGCCGCGCAAUGUCAAGGGCAAGCAGGAAGCCCACUUCUCCCUGGUGCACUACGCGGGCACCGUGGACUACAACAUCCUGGGCUGGCUGCAGAAGAACAAAGACCCGCUCAACGAGACAGUGGUGGGCUUAUACCAGAAGUCCUCCCUCAAGUUGCUUAGCAACCUGUUUGCCAAUUAUGCUGGAGCUGACGCACCUCUCGACAAGGGCAAAGGCAAAGCCAAGAAAGGCUCAUCCUUCCAGACCGUGUCAGCUGUGCACAGGGAAAAUCUGAACAAGUUGAUGACCAAUUUGCGCUCCACACACCCCCACUUCGUGCGUUGCAUCAUUCCCAAUGAGACCAAGUCUCCAGGGGUGAUGGACAACCCCCUGGUCAUGCACCAGCUGCGCUGCAACGGCGUGCUCGAGGGCAUCCGCAUCUGCAGGAAGGGCUUCCCCAACCGCAUCCUCUACGGGGACUUCCGGCAGCGGUACCGCAUCCUGAACCCCGCGGCCAUCCCCGAGGGCCAGUUCAUCGACAGCAAGAAAGGGGCAGAGAAGCUGCUGAGCUCCCUGGACAUUGACCACAACCAGUACAAGUUCGGCCACACCAAGGUGUUCUUCAAGGCGGGGCUGCUGGGGCUGCUGGAGGAGAUGCGGGAUGAGAGGCUGAGCCGCAUCAUCACCCGCAUCCAGGCCCAGGCCCGGGGCGUACUUUCCAGAAUGGAGUUCAAGAAGCUGCUGGAACGCAGAGAUGCCCUGCUGGUUAUCCAGUGGAACAUUCGGGCCUUCAUGGGGGUCAAGAACUGGCCCUGGAUGAAGCUCUACUUUAAGAUCAAGCCACUGCUGAAGAGUGCAGAGACAGAGAAGGAGAUGGCCAACAUGAAGGAGGAGUUUGGGCGCAUCAAAGAGGCGCUGGAUAAGUCCGAGGCUCGACGCAAGGAGCUGGAGGAGAAGAUGGUGUCCCUGCUGCAGGAGAAGAACGACCUCCAGCUGCAAGUGCAGGCGGAGCAAGACAAUCUGGCUGAUGCAGAGGAGCGCUGUGACCAGCUGAUCAAGAACAAGAUCCAGCUGGAGGCCAAGGUGAAGGAGAUGACCGAGAGGAUGGAGGACGAGGAGGAGAUGAAUGCCGAGCUCACUGCCAAGAAGCGCAAGCUGGAAGACGAGUGCUCUGAGCUCAAGAAGGACAUCGACGACCUGGAGCUGACGCUGGCCAAGGUGGAGAAGGAGAAGCACGCGACAGAGAACAAGGUGAAAAACCUGACAGAGGAGAUGGCUGGGCUGGAUGAGAUCAUUGCCAAACUCACCAAGGAGAAGAAGGCCCUGCAAGAGGCCCACCAGCAGGCCCUGGAUGACCUCCAGGCCGAGGAGGACAAGGUCAACACCCUGACCAAGUCCAAGGUCAAGCUGGAGCAGCAGGUGGACGAUCUGGAGGGGUCCCUGGAGCAGGAGAAGAAAGUGCGCAUGGACCUGGAGCGAGCCAAGCGGAAGCUGGAGGGUGACCUGAAGCUGACCCAGGAGAGCAUCAUGGACCUGGAGAACGACAAGCAGCAGCUGGAUGAACGACUGAAAAAGAAGGACUUUGAGUUGAAUGCCCUCAACGCAAGAAUUGAGGAUGAGCAGGCCCUGGGCAGUCAGCUGCAAAAGAAGCUCAAAGAACUCCAGGCACGCAUCGAGGAGCUGGAGGAAGAGCUGGAGGCCGAGCGCACGGCCAGGGCCAAGGUGGAGAAGCUGCGCUCUGAUCUGUCCCGGGAGCUGGAGGAGAUCAGCGAGCGGCUGGAAGAGGCCGGCGGGGCCACAUCCGUGCAGAUCGAGAUGAACAAGAAGCGCGAGGCCGAGUUCCAGAAGAUGCGCCGGGACCUGGAGGAGGCCACGCUGCAGCACGAGGCCACGGCCGCAGCCCUGCGCAAGAAGCAUGCGGACAGCGUGGCCGAGCUGGGCGAGCAGAUCGACAACCUGCAGAGGGUGAAGCAGAAGCUGGAGAAGGAGAAGAGCGAGUUCAAGCUGGAGCUGGACGACAUCACCUCCAACAUGGAGCAGAUCAUCAAGGCCAAGGCGAAUGUGGAGAAGAUGUGUCGGACCCUGGAAGACCAGAUGAAUGAGCACCGGAGCAAGGCCGAGGAGACCCAGCGUUCCGUCACCGAUCUCACCAGCCAGCGGGCCAGGCUGCAGACUGAGAAUGGUGAGCUGUCCCGGCAGCUGGAUGAGAAGGAGGCGCUGAUCUCCCAGUUGACCCGAGGCAAGCUCACCUACACCCAGCAGCUGGAGGACCUCAAGAGGCAGAUGGAGGAGGAGGUUAAGGCCAAGAACGCCCUGGCCCACGCCCUGCAGUCGGCCCGGCACGACUGUGACCUGCUGCGGGAGCAGUACGAGGCCGUCAACGCCAAGUGCUCCUCGCUGGAGAAGACCAAGCACCGGCUGCAGAACGAGAUCGAGGACCUCAUGGUGGACGUGGAGCGCUCCAACGCCGCCGCCGCCGCCCUGGACAAGAAGCAGAGGAACUUCGACAAGAUCCUGGCCGAGUGGAAGCAGAAGUACGAGGAGUCGCAGUCGGAGCUGGAGUCCUCGCAGAAGGAGGCGCGCUCUCUCAGCACCGAGCUCUUCAAGCUCAAGAACGCCUACGAGGAGUCCCUGGAACACCUGGAGACCUUCAAGCGGGAGAACAAGAACCUGCAGGAGGAGAUCUCCGACCUGACCGAGCAGUUGGGUUCCAGCGGAAAGAACAUCCACGAGCUGGAGAAGGUCCGCAAGCAGCUGGAGGCGGAGAAGCUGGAGCUGCAGUCCGCCCUGGAGGAGGCGGAGGCCUCCCUGGAGCACGAGGAAGGCAAGAUCCUCCGCGCCCAGCUGGAGUUCAACCAGAUCAAGGCCGAGAUCGAGCGCAAGCUGGCAGAGAAGGACGAGGAGAUGGAGCAGGCCAAGCGCAACCACCUGCGCAUGGUGGACUUGCUGCAGACCUCCCUGGACGCAGAGACCCGCAGCCGCAACGAGGCGCUGCGGGUGAAGAAGAAGAUGGAGGGUGACCUCAACGAGAUGGAGAUCCAGCUCAGCCAGGCCAACCGCACGGCCUCGGAGGCCCAGAAGCAAGUCAAGAACCUCCAGAGCUUGCUGAAGGACACCCAGAUCCAGCUGGACGAGGCGGUCCACGCCAACGACGACCUGAAGGAGAACAUCGCCAUCGUGGAGCGCCGCAACACCCUGCUGCAGGCCGAGCUGGAGGAGCUGCGCGCCCUGGUGGAGCAGACCGAGCGCUCGCGGAAGCUGGCCGAGCAGGAGCUGAUCGAGACCAGCGAGCGGGUGCAGCUGCUGCAUUCCCAGAACACCAGCCUCAUCAACCAGAAGAAGAAGAUGGAGUCGGACGUGACCCAGCUGCAGUCGGAAGUGGAGGAGGCCGUGCAGGAGUGCAGGAACGCCGAGGAGAAGGCCAAGAAGGCCAUCACGGAUGCCGCCAUGAUGGCGGAGGAGCUGAAGAAGGAGCAGGACACCAGCGCCCACCUGGAGCGCAUGAAGAAGAACAUGGAGCAGACCAUCAAGGACCUGCAGCACCGGCUGGAUGAGGCCGAGCAGAUCGCCCUCAAGGGCGGCAAGAAGCAGCUGCAGAAGCUGGAGGCUCGCGUGCGGGAGCUGGAGAAUGAGCUGGAGGCUGAGCAGAAGCGCAACGCGGAGUCAGUCAAGGGCAUGAGGAAGAGUGAGCGCCGCAUCAAGGAGCUGACCUACCAGACAGAGGAGGACAGGAAGAACCUGCUGCGGCUGCAGGACCUGGUGGACAAGCUGCAACUGAAGGUCAAGGCCUACAAGCGCCAGGCCGAGGAGGCGGAGGAGCAGGCCAACACCAACCUGUCCAAGUUCCGCAAGGUGCAGCAUGAGCUGGACGAGGCAGAGGAGCGGGCAGACAUCGCCGAGUCCCAGGUCAACAAGCUGCGGGCCAAGAGCCGCGACAUCGGCGCCAAGGGCUUGAGCGAGGAGUAGCGUCACUAUGUGGCCUUGACCAGCCCAACCUGAGGACACCA